ACCACAAAGUGAAGAAAACGAGUAGAGAAUAUAUAUAUAUACUUACUCGCCGGAAAAAUACACAUAUAUAAAUUUACGUAAGAAAUUGCCUAUAAACAAGAGAGGAGGGUCGUGAGAGGUCUAGGAAUAUUUCCCAAUAAAUUCCAGACCGAUUCGUAGUCACCGGAGCAUCCUAGAGGUCGCCGGAGUUGCAAGCCAAGGAAAUGGGUCUUCAGCAAGUGCGGAAGUUUGGCCGUAGAUAGGGGUGGCGGAGCUUCUCCUCGACGUCAGGAUCAUUUUGCAACUUGAAUCGUUUAAAUCCGUUACCUAAGGAGAAUUCAAGUGAAGAUCAAGCUAAAGAUUUUAUUAAGGAGAUUAUCGCAAUUUAAGAUAUCAUGGCACCGAGAAGAGACCCUGAUAACACGCCCACCAAUGCUGAGUUGGCACAAAGCGUUCAACAACUGGCACAAUUCAUGCACACACUGGGUGCUACUGUGCUCCAGAACAAUCAAAACCAGAACAACGGGAAUGAUGCCGCAAAACGAGUGGCAUCUCGCAACCCUCCAAGCUUUCAUGGGCAAGAAGAUCCUCGUAUCCUCGAAAAUUGGCUCCGACUCUUUGACAAACUCUUCGACGCGGUGAGCUGUCCGGAAGAGCAAAGGGUUGACAUUGCUGUUUACUAUUUACAGCAAGAAGCGGAUAACUGGUGGGUCUCAUCAGGCCCAACUUUACGUCAACAACCUGACUUCAAUUGGGAAGCUUUCAAGAUUGCCAUGAGGAAACGUUUUUAUCCUGCACACGUUCAGGCCACCAUGCGUGAUGAAUUCAUACAUUUGAAACAGAUGGGCAUGAGUGUCCAGGAAUAUCACAAUAAAUUCGUGGACCUCGCGCCAUUUGCGAAAACAAUAGUGCCUGAUGAAAGCACCAAAGUUGAGAAAUUUAUCUACGGAUUAAACUAUGAUACGCAGAAAAUCGUCGCUGUUUUGGGUUGCCAAACUCUGACUGAAGCUUAUGAUAGAGCUGCAGUUCACUAUCGAGUUCAGCAACUACAAAGAGAGAGGAACCAGAAGAUGAAGAGGGACGAAGAUGGAGGUCGAGGAGAAAAGAGGGUCAGAGUGCACCCACCUACACAGCAACAAGAAGGGAGGAGGAGGAGAGAUGACCAAGGUGGAAGAAAUUUCCACGGUCAAAACCAACAAAAUGAUCGAAGAGUUGCUCCCAGAGAUAGACACUUCUACUGCAAGAGGUGCGGGAGAGAUCAUCCCGGUAUUAACUGCGAUGGAAGCCUGACAAAAUGUUUCAAUUGUGGGAAGCUAGGGCACAGAACCUUCGAGUGUCUCUCAAAGACCAAUGGGGCACCAGUGAACCAGGUGCAAUACCGUGAUGGAGGAAGACCAGAUAUGAAUCAAGCUGGGCCAAAUGGAGGACAAAAUAACAACAACAAUGCCGCCGCCGCCAACAACAACCGCAACCCUCGAGAAGGAGGGGAGAAUAAUCGUGGCAAUGGCAAUGGCGGGAACAAUGGCAAUGGCGGAAACAACGGCAACCGUCCGAACCAAGGGCGAAUCAUGGUGAUGAAUCAGGCCCAAGCCAAUGCUAAUGAUGUGGUUUCAGGUACAUUCCUUGUAAAUUCUGAGCCUGCUUAUGUUCUAUUUGAUUCUGGUGCUUCUCACAGUUUCAUAUCUUCUAGUUUCGUUAAGAAAUUGAAGAUUGAACCAACGGCUAGAAUAGACUUGAAUGUAAGAACCGCCUCAGAUAAAUUUGUAACUUGUGGAAAUGUAUACUCCAACAUUUCCAUACUCAUAUCUGAAUCCAACCUACAUGGAGAUUUAAUCCAAUUUGACUUAAAAGAUAUAGACAUAGUACUGGGCAUGGAUUGGUUGGGGAAAUACAAAGCCAGGAUCCUCUGUGAUGAACAGAAGGUAAUCUUGAAGGGUCCAAAUGGGAAGCGAAUAUCUUACAAAGCAGUCACAUCCAAGCAUAGCAUGAAGUUGAUGACUAUGCAACAAUUAAAGCGACAUAUCCGAAAGGGGUAUGAAACCUACCUGUGCUUUAUGAAAGAGGUGAAUACAGGGGAACCAAACAUUGACCAAAUUGUCGUAGUCAAUGAAUUUCCGGACGUAUUUCCGGAAGAGAUUCCAGGUAUGCCGCCCGAGAGAGAAGUUGAAUUCUCAAUUGAGUUGAUGCCCAGAACCGCGCCAAUUUCAAAAGCACCUUACCGAAUGGCACCGAAAGAAAUGCAGGAACUGAAGGAACAACUAGAGGAGUUGUUAGAGAAGGGGUACAUAAGACCGAGUGUCUCACCUUGGGGCGCUCCGGUCUUAUUUGUCAAAAAGAAAGAUGGGAGUCUAAGGCUAUGCAUCGAUUACCGAGAGUUGAAUCAAGCAACUAUCAAGAACAAGUAUCCAUUGCCCCGAAUUGACGACUUGUUUGAUCAAUUGAAGGGGGCUAGCACGUUCUCUAAGAUAGACUUGCGCUCUGCAUAUCAUCAAGUGAGAAUAUCCGAAAAAGAUGUACCAAAAACAGCAUUCCGCACGAGGUAUGGACACUACGAGUUCACUGUGAUGCCGUUUGGUUUAACAAAUGCACCGGCGGUAUUCAUGGACUUAAUGAACCGUGUAUUCCGACCUUAUCUUGAUACAUUUGUGGUGGUAUUCAUCGAUGAUAUUCUUGUGUAUUCAAAAACCCCGGAGGAUCACGAGAAACACUUGAGACUCACGUUACAAACUUUGAGAGAGAACCAGUUGUAUGCCAAACUCUCAAAGUGUGACUUCUGGCAGGAUCGGGUAGCGUUCUUGGGUCACAUCAUCACCCAGGAAGGCGUAUCCGUAGAUCCAUCGAAGAUUGAAGCGGUGGUUGAAUGGCGUGCACCUACCUCGGUCACAGAGGUAAGAAGUUUCUUGGGUCUAGCGGGAUACUAUAGGAGAUUUGUUAAAGAUUUCUCCAAGAUAGCAAGACCGCUAACCAAUCUGACAAAGAAGACAACCAAGUUCCAAUGGAAUGAAGAUUGUGAAGCAGCAUUCCAAGAGUUGAAGAAAAGACUCACAACUGCACCGGUCUUGACACUACCGUCAGGGACGGAGGGAUUUGAUAUUUAUAGUGAUGCAUCCAAAACGGGGUUGGGGUGUGUGCUAAUGCAAAAUAGGAAAGUGGUGGCUUAUGCAUCAAGACAACUAAAGGUGCAUGAAGUCAAUUAUCCUACCCAUGACCUGGAGUUAGCUGCAGUAGUGUUUGCUUUGAAAAUCUGGAGACAUUACCUAUACGGAGCACAUUGUAAGAUAUACACUGACCACAAAAGCUUGAAGUACAUAUUCACUCAAAAAGAGCUUAACAUGAGGCAAAGAAGAUGGCUCGAGCUUAUCAAUGAUUACGAUCUAGAAAUCCAAUACCACGAGGGAAAAGCUAACGUGGUGGCGGAUGCUUUGAGCCGGAAAUCUGAGCACUCAUGCCGAGCAACAUGGAUAUUACCAGAAGAACUAUUCCGAGACUUUCAAAGAUUGAGCUUGGAAGUAAAGCAAUAUGGCGAAGUAGAUGGUGAAAUACAGUUAUGUACUAUGACUGUUAUACCAUCUAUCUUUGACGAAAUCAAGAACGGACAACCGGGAGAUGUAAAGCUCGAAAGAGUCAAGGAAGGAAUGAAAGAUGGCGUCAACGGACCAUUUAAGAUGCAUGAAGAUGGGAGCAUCCGAUACAAGGGAAGAUGGUGUGUUCCACUGAAGUGUGCAGAUAUUAAAAAACAAAUCAUGGAGGAGGGACACAACACGCCCUACUCGGUACAUCCCGGGGGAGACAAACUAUACAAAGACCUCAAGAAGAACUUUUGGUGGCCGGGAAUGAAGAAAGAAGUAGCUGAAUUUGUAUCCCGAUGUUUGAACUGCCAAAAAGUCAAAGCGGAAAGAUGCAAACCCAAGGGACUCGUGCAACCCUUGGAAGUACCAACAUGGAAAUGGGAUUCAAUCUCAAUGGACUUUGUCGGGGGUUUACCUUUAACAAAGUCCGGGAAAGAUAAAAUUUGGGUGGUAGUGGAUAGAUUGACCAAAACUGCAAGGUUCAUUCCUAUGAAUGAAACCUGGAGCAUGGAGAAACUGGCAAAAGCCUAUGUCAAACACGUGGUCAAACACCACGGAGUACCUCAAGACAUCGUAUCAGACCGAGAUUCACGAUUCUUAUCCCAAUUUUGGAAAGAAUUACAAACGGCUAUGGGAACAAAAUUGAAGUUAAGUACUGCUUUCCAUCCAACCACGGACGGACAGACCGAAAGAACAAUCCAAACAUUAGAAUACAUGUUGAGGGCAUGUGUUCUUGAUUUGCAAGGAUCAUGGGAUGAACACCUAGACUUGGUAGAGUUUUCGUACAAUAACAGUUACCAUGCUAGCAUCGGAAUGGCCCCAUACGAAGCUCUAUAUGGUCAAAAGUGUAGGAGUCCCUUAUGUUGGGGUGACAUGGUCGAUCAGGUGGUUCUAGGACCACAAUACUUGCAAGAUACUAUUGAGAAAAUCAAGGUCAUCCAAGAAAGGAUGAAGGCUGCCCAAGACCGACAGAAAUCAUAUGCCGAUCUUGGGAGAAAACCAGCUGAAUUCGAACUAGGGGAGAAAGUUCUACUCAAAGUCUCUCCUACAAGAGGCGUAAUGAGGUUCGGGAAGAAAGGGAAACUAAGUCCGAGAUUCAUCGGACCCUAUGACAUCCUAGAGAAGGUGGGAAAAGUGGCAUAUCGAUUAGCUCUACCCACGGAGUUGGAUAAGGUAACAACCGAUUUGAAAUCAAAUACUUCUCUACGAUUAAAAUACAUUCUUAACAUACCGAUAUAUGCUAGGUACAUAACGUCUUUCACGUAUCACAAUUAAAGAAGUAUGUUCGAGAUGAGUCACAUAUCAUCAAUCCGGAGGUGAUUGAAAUGGAUGAGACAUUAUCCUACGAAGAAAAACCCAUAGAGAUUCUCGAUACUAAGACCCGAGAGACAAGGAAGAAGACAGUUAAGAUGGUAAAAGUACUUUGGUCAAACCAUUUGACCGAGAAUGCAACAUGGGAGACAGAAGAGGAUAUGCGUAAACGGUAUCCUGAACUUUUCAAUUAAGGUAAAUAUUCGGUUACGAGGACGUAACCUUUCUUUUAGGGGGGCAGGUUGUCAUAUCUUAUAAACCUAUAAUAAUUCAUCUUCAUACUUAAUUCGCGUCUUAGUUUAUGCUUCGAGGACGAAGCAUUCUUUAAGGAGGGUAGAAUGUGAUACCUUGAAAAUUUGAAAUAAAAAUAAAUAAAUAAAUCAGAUAAGUUAUAUCUGAUAAAUCAAAUGAAAGUAAGAUCAAAAUAUUUUUUUUAUACUUGGUGUAUAAAAAUAUACGCACACUACAUGCAAUGAAAAUUAAACACUUAUGUGGCAUCGGAAAAAAAUAAAAUAAAAUAAAUAAAAAUAAAAAUAAAUCAGAUAAAAUAUAUCUGACAAGGUAAAUAAAAAUAAAUAUCAAAGUAUUAUAAGUGACAUUUUGUAACAUGUAAUAAUAUACAUAUACACAUAAAAUGUAACUUGUGGAUGACAAUCAUACACAUAGGUGUUCACAAUAAUACAAAUAGAGGUAAUAAUAUAUGCAAUGAACUUGCGGACUAGACUUAGAAUGCAUUAGAACAACCAACAUUUACACAUGCAUGUUCAUAAUACUAUGUAUAAUAAUAUUGAAUAAUAAUGAAGAAAUAAUUCAAACCAAUCACUCCAUGUAUGAUUCAGCCUAGAAUGAUCGAUCUACAGCUAUAAAUACAGCUUCCUUCCCAUUCUAAAUCACCACAAAGUGAAGAAAACGAGUAGAGAAUAUAUAUAUAUACUUACUCGCCGGAAAAAUACACAUAUAUAAAUUUACGUAAGAAAUUGCCUAUAAACAAGAGAGGAGGGUCGUGAGAGGUCUAGGAAUAUUUCCCAAUAAAUUCCAGACCGAUUCGUAGUCACCGGAGCAUCCUAGAGGUCGCCGGAGUUGCAAGCCAAGGAAAUGGGUCUUCAGCAAGUGCGGAAAUUUGGCCGUAGAUAGGGGUGGCGGAGCUUCUCCUCGACGUCAGGAUCAUUUUGCAACUUGAAUCGUUUAAAUCCGUUACCUAAGGAGAAUUCAAGUGAAGAUCAAGCUAAAGAUUUUAUUAAGGAGAUUAUCGCAAUUUAAGAUAUCAUGGCACCGAGAAGAGACCCUGAUAACACGCCCACCAAUGCUGAGUUGGCACAAAGCGUUCAACAACUGGCACAAUUCAUGCACACACUGGGUGCUACUGUGCUCCAGAACAAUCAAAACCAGAACAACGGGAAUGAUGCCGCAAAACGAGUGGCAUCUCGCAACCCUCCAAGCUUUCAUGGGCAAGAAGAUCCUCGUAUCCUCGAAAAUUGGCUCCGACUCUUUGACAAACUCUUCGACGCGGUGAGCUGUCCGGAAGAGCAAAGGGUUGACAUUGCUGUUUACUAUUUACAGCAAGAAGCGGAUAACUGGUGGGUCUCAUCAGGCCCAACUUUACGUCAACAACCUGACUUCAAUUGGGAAGCUUUCAAGAUUGCCAUGAGGAAACGUUUUUAUCCUGCACACGUUCAGGCCACCAUGCGUGAUGAAUUCAUACAUUUGAAACAGAUGGGCAUGAGUGUCCAGGAAUAUCACAAUAAAUUCGUGGACCUCGCACCAUUUGCGAAAACAAUAGUGCCUGAUGAAAGCACCAAAGUUGAGAAAUUUAUCUACGGAUUAAACUAUGAUACGCAGAAAAUCGUCGCUGUUUUGGGUUGCCAAACUCUGACUGAAGCUUAUGAUAGAGCUGCAGUUCACUAUCGAGUUCAGCAACUACAAAGAGAGAGGAACCAGAAGAUGAAGAGGGACGAAGAUGGAGGUCGAGGAGAAAAGAGGGUCAGAGUGCACCCACCUACACAGCAACAAGAAGGGAGGAGGAGGAGAGAUGACCAAGGUGGAAGAAAUUUCCACGGUCAAAACCAACAAAAUGAUCGAAGAGUUGCUCCCAGAGAUAGACACUUCUACUGCAAGAGGUGCGGGAGAGAUCAUCCCGGUAUUAACUGCGAUGGAAGCCUGACAAAAUGUUUCAAUUGUGGGAAGCUAGGGCACAGAACCUUCGAGUGUCUCUCAAAGACCAAUGGGGCACCAGUGAACCAGGUGCAAUACCGUGAUGGAGGAAGACCAGAUAUGAAUCAAGCUGGGCCAAAUGGAGGACAAAAUAACAACAACAAUGCCGCCGCCGCCAACAACAACCGCAACCCUCGAGAAGGAGGGGAGAAUAAUCGUGGCAGUGGCAAUGGCAAUGGCGGGAACAAUGGCAAUGGCGGAAACAACGGCAACCGUCCGAACCAAGGGCGAAUCAUGGUGAUGAAUCAGGCCCAAGCCAAUGCUAAUGAUGUGGUUUCAGAAGGAGAAUUCAAGUGAAGAUCAAGCUAAAGAUUUUAUUAAGGAGAUUAUCGCAAUUUAAGAUGAUUAUGAUUAUGAAGAUUGAUGUACUUGCUGCCCGAGUGUUCCGCUAGUUGCACACGUUUGAUUAAUUAUUGUUGUUUAAAUUUGUAAUCCAUAAACUUUGUUUAAGUUUUAUCUGAUGACUACUUGAAUUAAUGGUGGAUAGCCUGUGCACUCAAUCAUGUAUAGGUUGAGUGUGGCGGUGACACACCUGUUUUUCCAUCAAAGACUUCCGCUGUACUCUAAAUAUGUUUUAUAAUAAAGAUGUUUUCAUUUCAAAAUGUUAUUUUAUUUUGGUGGGAAAAAUGGGGGUGUUACAAGUUGGUAUCAGAGCCUUAGGUUUUCCAAAGGGAUUAGAACACGAGGUAAUAGGUUGUAUGGAGAAAUUCUGUCACCAAGACGAUAAGAGUCUAAGGCUGUUGGUUCUUAAUUGAGCCUUUGCGCUCGUCCAACUACCUGGGAAUUUCUCCUUGUGCUGAAACUUCGUCGUUCGAAAUCGUUGAAGGAAACCUUUGAAAUUGUACCUUCAAAAGGGAGAUUUUCAAAUAUUUUUAAAAUUAGGAAAGAUAAUAUAGCUAGGAAAUGGCCUUUUAGGAACGUGGUGAGGACCUUGUGAGUAUUUAUUUUCCUUACAUGUAUCAUGUAUGUGAUAAUUAUGCUAAUUGUGGGCCCAUUUGAGAAAUGGGAACCCCAAAUGAUAAAAUGGGAAUGCCUCAUAGGGCAAAAUUCCGAAGUGGCUAAGGUAUGUACAAACAUUAUGUGUGAAAGUGCUUUUAUGUGAAGUAUGAAUCCUCUGUAUGAUUGUUAUGUACAUUUUUAUAUGAUCAUGUUGCAUAGCCUAUGGAAUCCUUAGUUGAACUAGGAUCCUUAGGAGAAAAAUAUAGAAAAUCUUACACGAAUACUUUAUGUCAUUAAGAUAUCAUGGCACCGAGAAGAGACCCUGAUAACACGCCCACCAAUGCUGAGUUGGCACAAAGCGUUCAACAACUGGCACAAUUCAUGCACACACUGGGUGCUACUGUGCUCCAGAACAAUCAAAACCAGAACAACGGGAAUGAUGCCGCAAAACGAGUGGCAUCUCGCAACCCUCCAAGCUUUCAUGGGCAAGAAGAUCCUCGUAUCCUCGAAAAUUGGCUCCGACUCUUUGACAAACUCUUCGACGCGGUGAGCUGUCCGGAAGAGCAAAGGGUUGACAUUGCUGUUUACUAUUUACAGCAAGAAGCGGAUAACUGGUGGGUCUCAUCAGGCCCAACUUUACGUCAACAACCUGACUUCAAUUGGGAAGCUUUCAAGAUUGCCAUGAGGAAACGUUUUUAUCCUGCACACGUUCAGGCCACCAUGCGUGAUGAAUUCAUACAUUUGAAACAGAUGGGCAUGAGUGUCCAGGAAUAUCACAAUAAAUUCGUGGACCUCGCACCAUUUGCGAAAACAAUAGUGCCUGAUGAAAGCACCAAAGUUGAGAAAUUUAUCUACGGAUUAAACUAUGAUACGCAGAAAAUCGUCGCUGUUUUGGGUUGCCAAACUCUGACUGAAGCUUAUGAUAGAGCUGCAGUUCACUAUCGAGUUCAGCAACUACAAAGAGAGAGGAACCAGAAGAUGAAGAGGGACGAAGAUGGAGGUCGAGGAGAAAAGAGGGUCAGAGUGCACCCACCUACACAGCAACAAGAAGGGAGGAGGAGGAGAGAUGACCAAGGUGGAAGAAAUUUCCACGGUCAAAACCAACAAAAUGAUCGAAGAGUUGCUCCCAGAGAUAGACACUUCUACUGCAAGAGGUGCGGGAGAGAUCAUCCCGGUAUUAACUGCGAUGGAAGCCUGACAAAAUGUUUCAAUUGUGGGAAGCUAGGGCACAGAACCUUCGAGUGUCUCUCAAAGACCAAUGGGGCACCAGUGAACCAGGUGCAAUACCGUGAUGGAGGAAGACCAGAUAUGAAUCAAGCUGGGCCAAAUGGAGGACAAAAUAACAACAACAAUGCCGCCGCCGCCAACAACAACCGCAACCCUCGAGAAGGAGGGGAGAAUAAUCGUGGCAGUGGCAAUGGCAAUGGCGGGAACAAUGGCAAUGGCGGAAACAACGGCAACCGUCCGAACCAAGGGCGAAUCAUGGUGAUGAAUCAGGCCCAAGCCAAUGCUAAUGAUGUGGUUUCAGAAGGAGAAUUCAAGUGAAGAUCAAGCUAAAGAUUUUAUUAAGGAGAUUAUCGCAAUUUAAGAUGAUUAUGAUUAUGAAGAUUGAUGUACUUGCUGCCCGAGUGUUCCGCUAGUUGCACACGUUUGAUUAAUUAUUGUUGUUUAAAUUUGUAAUCCAUAAACUUUGUUUAAGUUUUAUCUGAUGACUACUUGAAUUAAUGGUGGAUAGCCUGUGCACUCAAUCAUGUAUAGGUUGAGUGUGGCGGUGACACACCUGUUUUUCCAUCAAAGACUUCCGCUGUACUCUAAAUAUGUUUUAUAAUAAAGAUGUUUUCAUUUCAAAAUGUUAUUUUAUUUUGGUGGGAAAAAUGGGGGUGUUACAGAACCGAACCAAACCGUUUGAAUAGUAACGGUACGGGUACGGGUUCGGCCAAAUAUUGGACCGGACCGGACUGCGCCCACCCCUAAUAUUAACCGAGUCACGUUAUCUAUUACCAAACUCAAAGACUUGCAAAAAUAGAAUUCGAAAUGGGUUCAUAAGUCGAGCCAUGUG